CUUCCAAGCACUUCCGGGGAGGUUACGUGGAGAGCGCGAAACUCUGAGGGACACACAAAAAGACCUAUGAGUGGCGAGAGAAUGCGAACGACUCAACCAAUAGAAUGUAGCGUCUCUUGCUUCCCGCCCCAUUAUCCAUCCUGGAGGAGAUGAGUGGUGCGCGCCAGGAAGCGUACCGCGUGGCAUGCCGGGAGUUGUAGUCCGCGAAGCCAGGGCCCACCCUGCGGAUCUGCGACGACGCCACUUCCGGGCCCGCCCCCGGACUACUGUGGGUGUCUGUCAAUGCCACGUCUCAGACAUGGUGAUUUCAGAGACUAUGGAUAUAGUCUUCAGAAUAAGAGGAGGCCUUGACCUGGCCUUUCAGCUAGCUACUGCAAAUGAAACUUUUGUCAGGGAAGCUCUAAAACAUGUGUUGAGUGACCUGUCAAAAAAGCUGUCUUCAGAUGCACUUGUGUUCAGAAUUUGCCACAGCUCUGUGUACAUCUGGCCUAACAGUGAUAUAAAUACCAUUCCAGGAGAAUUGACUGAUAGUUCUGCUUGUAAGAACAUAAUGCGCUUUAUUCAAUUUGAACAGGAAGAAGAUACAAAACGAAAAUUCAUGAAAAAGAAAGACAAAAAGUUAGCAGACAUGCAUCAAAUAGUAAAUAUAGACCUUAUGCUGGAAAUGUCAACCUCUCUGGCAGCUGUAACCCCGGUCAUCGAAAGGGAGAGCGGAGGACACCACUAUGUUAAUAUGACUUUACCAGUAGAUGCAGUUGUAUCUGUUGCUCCAGAGGAAGCAUGGGGAAAAGUUCGUAAACUUCUAGUUGAUGCAAUUCUUAAUCAACUAACUGAUAUGGAAAAGUGCCUUUUGAAAUAUAUGAAAGGAACAUCUAUUGUAGUCCCUGAACCACUGCACUUUUUAUUACCAGGGAAAAAAAGCCUUGUAACAAUUUCAUAUCCAUCAGGAAUUCCAGAUGGGCAGCUACAGGCCUACAGGAAGGAGUUACAUGAUCUCUUCAGUCUGCCUCAUAAUAGACCAUAUUUCAGAAGGUCUAAUGCUUAUCACUUCCCAGAUGAACCAUACAAAGAUGGUUACAUUAGAAAUCCACAUACUUAUCUCAAUCCACCUAACAUAGAGACUGCUGUGAUUCAAGUGGUCCAGGGCAUCUAUGGUUAUCAUCAUUAUAUGCAGGAUCGGAUAGAUGACAAUGGCUGGGGCUGUGCUUACCGGUCUCUGCAGACCAUCUGCUCUUGGUUCAAACAUCAGGGCUAUACAGAGAGAUCCAUUCCAACACACAAAGAAAUUCAGCAGGCUCUAGUUGAUGCAGGGGACAAACCAGCAACAUUUGUUGGAUCACGGCAGUGGAUUGGAUCUAUUGAGGUACAGCUUGUACUAAACCAACUGAUUGGUAUAACUUCAAAAAUAUUGUUUGUCAGCCAAGGUUCUGAAAUGGCUUCUCAAGGCCGGGAACUGGCUAAUCAUUUCCAGAAUGAAGGAACUCCAGUAAUGAUUGGAGGAGGCGUUUUGGCCCACACAAUUCUGGGAGUUGCGUGGAAUGAGAUCACAGGGCAGAUAAAAUUUCUGAUUCUAGAUCCACAUUACACUGGUGCUGAAGAUCUGCAGGUUAUUUUAGAAAAGGGCUGGUGUGGAUGGAAAGGUCCAGAGUUUUGGAACAAGGAUGCUUACUAUAAUUUAUGUCUUCCUCAGCGACCAAACAUAAUUUAAAGUAUUAAAGACUAUAGCAUUAUUAUAUUAUAAAUUUGUUCAUGAAAAGUUUAAUCUCAAAUCAAAUAUGGGGUAUAGUUUGAUUGCUUAUGAUUUUUUCUAAAGGUUGUAAAUACUGCACAAAAGGGGAGGAAAGGGACCCAGUGGCCACAAGUAAAGCAUUCUGGGGACUAUGGUGGGAGUGGGGGGUAGUUUGGUAACAUACAUCUGAACUGAACCUGUUCCCCUAAAUCACAUAGAGUGUUGUAAACCAAUGUUACCUCAAUAAAGAACAAAUAAAUACAAAGAAUUUAAUCUUUAGAUAUUCCUUUAAUAAAAGACAAAGCAUGUCCAACAAAAAUAUUAUAGGCAUGUAAAUACAUGUAUUAAAUGUCAUCUUCUCUUAGAAGAAAGUUUUCCUCCUUCUCAGAAGGAGUUUAGACACUCCUGGCAAACCAAAAGCCAUAGCUUAUAUAUAUAUGAGCAGUAGGUCUGCGUGAAGUGAAGGCCUUCUUCAAACCUCUUCAUAACCAAAUGGACAUCUGUUUGUAAAAAUCACUAACAUUAAAAACUUUUCAAGGUUUUCUUCCCAAACUUCCAUUGUGCAGGACAAUUUUUGAUUUCUAGAAUCUAGUAUUAGUAACUAUAACCAGUAUUAAAGUAUAUUAAUGAAGAUGAAAAGAUAUGUUUAGAUAUAAGACUAUCAGUAUUUAAAUGAAAUAAUAAAUCCUAUGCUAAAUAAAAGAUCCUUGCAGGAGAAGGAAAGAAGAACUGAGUUACUUACCAGCACUUCCUUUUCCCAUUUGUGUUUUCCACACUUCCAAAACUGCGUUUCUGUCUGAGCACUGGAAUAUAAUCUCGUUCACUUGAUUUUAUUGUCUGCAUGCAUUUAAUUGUUGUAAGAAACUUGGCACAUUCUGGAAAUCCACAUGACCAUGCAAGAUCUUCAGCAGUUUGCCCAUUCUUAUUACAUAAGCUGAAUUUAAGAUAAAAAUUGAAUCACAUAAAAAUUGACAAUUAUUUGGCUUUGAAAAAAUAAUCUUCCUCACAGGAGCUUUGGACACUUUGGUUACAAAACAGGAAAGGAAAAAGGAAGUAUACAGAAGGCCCAUUUUUGCUUAUUGUAUCCUCAAUGGCUAGCAGAGUCCAGCACAGACUGGGCACUCCAAUUCUGAAUGAAUGAAAGGUUAGGACAUUUCUGUGUUCAAUGCAAUGAAUAAAUACCCAAAGGCCCUCAAUGAGCAUUCCUAUAGCAGAAAUUUCCUUAACCCAAACUAAAGUGUAAUAAUGUCAUAAUAGAUGAACAGAAUUGCACCUCUGACUGUUAGGAUUCAUUUUUUACUUACUCAUAUUAUCAGAUACAGUUAACAUAAAUGAUAACACUGAAUUAUUAAGCAUCAUUUUUUGAGUUAGAAAUGCUUUAUUGUGGGCAAAAUUACACAAGAGUGAGUGUGGGCAGAUCAGAGAUGAAUGGCCAGCAAGUAUCAUUCUUAAAAGCAUAUGUAAUUAAACUUUAGGCGUCUGACUAGUUUAAUCAAAGAAAAUGAAAAAUUUGAAGCUGCUGAUUUUAUACUUACUCAAUUUGGGCAUCACGGGCUACAAGGAGGCUAAGGCACUCCAGGCUUCCAACUUUUGCCGCCUUGUGUAAUGGAGCUUCUCCUAAAACAUCCUUAAGGAUAAGAAAGCACAUUAUAGUUUCUCCCCAAAACACUUCCUUGUGUAGAUUGGUGGGUGAAGUCUAAUGAAUAACUAUUUGAGAAGGCCAGUUGGAACUGCAUUUGCUGGACUAAAAUUUUUAAGGUUUUUUUUUACAGUUCAUUUUUAGUGUGCAAUUAAACCCAUAAUAAAAAAUUAUGUAUGGCCACAUCCAUAUGCAUUAAGUGAAAUUUAAGUGGCUAAAAGUAAAAUAGAGAAUUACAGAAGUAAAGCAAUUUUCAACCUAAAAUUCACCAUACUUGACUAUUCAGUGGAAGAUGCAAACUACCCUAAGAAAUUUGUGUAGGAAACUGUAAUGGUGUGGGCGUGCCUGACAAGUAUUUCGAGUGUUUUAUUGAGAGUCUUAAUUUUGCAAUUGUGAUAAUUGUUCCUUUUGAAAUAAACAUAGAUCUGCGUGUGCUGUCCAUCAUACGGCUAAUGAGCACUGGUAAUGUGGCCAUUCUGAACUGAAGUGUGCUUCAGUUUAAAUACUAGAUUGUGAAAACAUAAGUACGGAAAGAAAAAUGUAAAAAUGUAAAUGUUUUAUAUUGAAAUAUGAAUAAAUUGGGUUAAAUUACUCAAGUCAAUUUCAUGUUUCCUUUAACUACAAUAAGGAGGUUACUAGAAAAAAAAAAGUUACUACAUUGUACAUCUGCCAUGGACAUGUUUAUAACAACUGAAACAACAUUUUGGCGUUCAUGAAAUGCUUGUGUGGAUUUGGGAGAGGGUUG